UGCGUUGGGCAAUUGCAAUAUUUGCUCGUAGAGAUGGGAAAGAGGUUCGACUAUACCAAACCUUACAAUGGUUAUAUUCCACCGCAGCAGAGUAGAUCUACCAAAGUUAUGACUAGAGUGAUGGGAACAGUAUUUUGGUUCUUUAUAAUGCUUCGUACAAAGCAGGAUCUUCCCCAUCGAAUAAGAAGUCAUUUGGAAGCUAAAAGAGAAGAAGAAGAAGAAAAAAAAGCGUUGGAGAACGAAGGUGCAGAACUUUUUUAAUUCAGUUACCUUUGAAGUUCCAGUCAAACUAUGUUCAUUGUUGUGUCGUUGUUCAACUUGAAGUUUGUCGUCAAGACUUUCGAAGAAAGUGCUUGUUUGUGCAUAAAAUUUGAAAAGCGAACCUUUCUUUUUCAGUAG